UGCACCUGAAGGCAGCACCGCCGUUUUAGUAAGGCAGCAGCAGAGCGCCGCAGUCAGUGUGGCAGCUGGGAAUGCGAGGGUUUCGACACAGACCGCUAUUUUCAGGACCGGGAACGGUGGCCGGGCUGGCCGGGAAGAGACUCUGCCCACAGCUCCGCUAUAGCCAACGGGCUGGCUUAAUCUGAAGUCCAAACAGGCGACCUGCGGUUCCUGCCCGGGGGCGUGUCGGUGGUCUCGGACCGCAUCAGAUGGUCUACGGACAGCCGUUGGCCGCUCACUGCGGGGCUGCGAGCUAGGGGAACACCAGCCGGCGGCACAGUGUUUGUUCGCCAACACCUCGCCUCCUGCCUGGCGGGUCCGGUUAAGAAUGCAGUGAAGUGUCACCCUCGAAGUCAGUAUAAUCUGAACGUUUCCCGGUGCGAAACGCUCGGUUAAAUGUGUGUGUUUCGCCGCUACCAAACCGCUCACGCCAACGACGAUGGACUGAGAUCUGCGGCGGGGGCGAACGACACACAACCUGCCGCGAUUUCCUGCAUGUAAAUAAAUAAAUGAUAGAGGAUACCAUGACACUGCUGUCUCUGUUAGGUCGGAUCAUGCGUUAUUUUCUGCUCAGACCGGAGACCUUGUUCCUGCUGUGCAUCAGCCUGGCUCUGUGGAGUUACUUCUUCCACACGGACGAAGUGAAGACCAUCGUCAAGUCCAGCCGGGAUGCGGUCAAGAUGGUCAAGGGGAAAGUGGCGGAGAUGAUGCAGAAUGAGCGGUUCGGCGGGCUGGACGUCCUGGACGCGGAGUUCUCCAAGACCUGGGAGUUCAAGAGCAGCAACGCGGCCGUGUACUCCAUCCAAGGCCGGCGAGACCACAUGGAGGACAGGUUCGAGGUGCUCACCGACGUCGUCAACAAGACUCACCCGUCUAUAUUUGGGAUUUUUGAUGGCCACGGGGGAGAGGCUGCUGCUGACUUUGCCAAGGCCCACCUGUCUGAGGCUCUCCGCCAGCAGCUACUGACCUAUGAACGGGACAAAGAGCGAGACAGAGAAAAAGACAAGGAGAAAGACGACAAAAAGGAUAGAAGUGACCUUUCCUAUCCUUCCAUCCUGAAGCAGCAGAUCCUGACAUUGGACAGAGAUAUGCUGGACAAGCUGUCUGCCGCUUACAAUGAAGCAGGUACUACAUGUCUGGUGGCCCUGCUGUCUGAUAAGGAGUUGACGGUGGCCAAUGUUGGAGACUCACGCGGAGUUCUUUGUGAUAAAGACGGCAAUGCCAUUCCUCUGUCGCAUGACCACAAACCUUACCAGCUCAAAGAGCGCAAGAGGAUCAAGAAGGCCGGUGGUUUCAUCAGUUUCAAUGGCUCUUGGCGCGUCCAGGGCAUCUUGGCCAUGUCCCGUUCUCUGGGCGAUUACCCUCUGAAGAACCUCAACGUGGUCAUUCCUGACCCUGACAUCAUGUCCUUUGACCUGAACAAGCUGCAGCCGGAGUUCAUGAUCUUGGCGUCCGACGGCUUGUGGGACACCUUCAGCAACGAGGAGGCGGUUCGCUUCAUCAGGGAACGGCUGGACGAGCCUCACUUCGGUGCCAAGAGCAUCGUCCUCCAGUCCUUCUAUCGUGGUUGUCCUGACAACAUCACCGUCAUGGUGGUCAAGUUUAAGGACAAGGCCAGCGAGCAGUAGACUGUCCAUCUAUCACAUCCAGUAUCUAUAUUGUAUCUGAAUUUAAGUAAGAAUAGGCUGAAGAUGAAAGAUUUAAAAUCCGAGCCCAAAAUUUUUUGAGCAAGAACUAUUUCUAUCACAGAUAUUUACAGAAGUCAGCCCUUCAAUGCAUCAACCACGCCCCCACAACCUUUACUUUUACUGCUGUGAAAGUGACACUUGUAAGAAGAUGUCUUUCAUUUAGGCUUAGCCAUAUCUUUGAGACAUGGUAAUGCGAGCUUAGUUACUGUUAUGCAAAUAAACAGAUUUGGCUUUGUGCAGCUAAGGGGAACACCCAUGAGUCUGCACACAUUUCUGUGUAUGACUGUGUGCGUGCGUGCGUGCAGUUGAGAGGAGAAACAGUGAUAGAUGUCUGUCUUCAUUUGAUCACAUUAACCACCAAUUCAUUGUCUAGCCAAUAACGAGAUUUAAGGUAUACAUGAUAGCAUGGAGUUCCACUUCCAUAUUAUGUCAAACUUGAUGUCCUUCACUCCGUGUGACCACUAAUUGUAUAUUUUUAGUUUCCUAACUCUGUGUUUCCCCAUCACCUAACUGUAAUGACGUCUACCAAGUGACUGCACUGAAAAUUCUGUCGUUUAACACGUUGGCAGGUUACUUUUUUUCCCUCGGUCAAACUCGUCACUUGUGCGAAUCAUUAAUCUGAAUUAAUUCCCUUUAUUCAUAAACAACACAAAUGAUAAUAUGCCUAUGCUUGUUCACCAUAUCACCAUUCAUAUUUUACAGCAAUAGAAUGGAUAACAUUGUUAUAUCAAACUCCCCGAACGUGAGAAUGAAUGAGGUGUUUAUUCUUGAGUUGCCCAAUUUUGAAAGUUUAGUCUUUGAAUGUUGUAGUCCACUUAAAAUGAUUGCUGUUCGUUUCUGUGCUGAUAAAGACUCAUGUCUGUUUUGAUUGUUGAUAACUUUAAUGAACUUAAAACUGAGACUAGUUUGGUCUCUUCGACUACUCUGUUCACCCCCCACUUAUCAGGAUCCGUAUAACUACUGAUAAUGUAGUAACCGUUGGAUAAUGUUGUAGCUCGUCAAAGUGUAAUGAAGUGUUAGGCUAAAUGGGUACAAAAUGUAACACAAUCUUUUAAAGAAAUACAUUUCCAGAUUAUGUAGUACUAUUGUAGUAACAUCACAUUAUGACACAAACUGCUAAAUAUUAAAUUUAUUAAUUCAGUUAUAUGAUUAUCUAAUAACAUUGACUGUUAUUGUAUAAACGUAAGAAAAAGUAAUAAAUUCAGUUAUUGCAAUAUAUAAUAAUUGAAGAAGUAAUAGUGAUAUUAAUUUUACAUUAUCUAGGAAUUUACUUGAGGAUAUUAGAUUUACAACCCUUUUAAACAGGCUUUAAUUACAUUUUGACAUGCUAUUCUGUUCUGACCUUUCCUACAUUAUCAUUUACUACAGUCCACAUGAUAUAAAUAUACUGAAACUGACAACUUACUGUUGAAGUGUCUUGUAUUAUAGUCAUAUUCGUGAGGAGAACAUUCCUUCAUCAUUACUGUUCGAUCUCGGUUUCCCUGAACUGUAACUCAAAAUGUAACAAGCCUUUUGAAUGAAAUGCGUUAUUGUUGCCUUAUUUUUGUAACUGUUCAUUUCCUGUUCUGAAGUCUGCUGCCAAACCUCCGUCUCGGUUCUUAAAGUAACGUAGUCGAUCAUACCUUGCCCACUGCAUGGCCUCAGUGUCAUACCUUGUUAACUCACGUGUAGAAUAGCAUUGUUGCAAGAAUGUCUCUAAGAGACAUGAAACUGUAAGAUGAAUGUACAUACUGUCCUCAUGUUAGUAUCAGCCCUCCACUGUUCAUACAGCAGGGAAGAAAGCAAUGCGCCUGUUCCUGGAUUGAUUAACUUCAGAGAUAUAUAUACUAGAUAAAACGGUUUGUUUGUGCUUUUUCAGUUCACAUCCUUCCUUGAUGAUGUACGUUACAGAAUGUUUAUGUGGCAUUUGUACUUGUUUUUGUUGACUUUAAUAAACUGUAAAGAAUUCAGAAAUUUUAAGAUGUAAAUCAAAAAGGUAACAGUAAAAUUAUAAAUGAUCGUAUCGUU